AUGGGCACAUCAUCCGCAUCAAAGUCCCCCAUAAGACCAAGGAGCAUUAACGAUGACGACGCGGACGAAAUUACGCGUCGGAGACUUAAGCGGCAACGUCUAUUUGAGCAGCUAAGUCACGAAACAAGCACGCAACAGGUACGUGACGAAGGUGGUACCCAAACCACCACCAGCCCAAGUAAUAAUCACCAUCAGAUACCCGAGGUUUCAGAUAACAAGGACCCCGAGAAUACAAAAGACAGCAGAAGUAAAGAAGUGAAGAAAAAGGAAAACUGCAAUUUGCCUAUUGAUACCAGUACGUUGUUACCUGACAAGAAGGAGAAUGAAAAUAAAGAAGAAGAAGAAGAAGAAGAAGACAGCGAUGACAUGUUUGCUGAUACCCCCCCACCUGAAAAACAACAGCUCAAGUUACAGAAGAAACAAGAAACAUUGGACCAACUAGUAGUUGGAAAAAAACUUGCAUUCAACUUGCUAGAUAACUGGGACGAUGCUGAAGGGUAUUACCGAAUCAUCCCAGGCGAACUGCUGGACAACCGCUACUUGGUUUCUACAACGAUGGGCAAAGGCACUUUUGCGUCAGUAGUACGUGCUACAGAUAAUGAUGAAGAUCACCGGCCUGUAGCCAUCAAAAUUAUGCGUAACAAUGAUACAAUUCUCAAGGCAGGACUACAAGAACUUGCACUACUUCAGAAGCUAAGAGACCCCACUAGCGACACAGCUGAUGACCCAACUCGAACAAAACACGUUGUACAGUUGCUUUCGUCGUUUGACCAUAAAGGCCACCUUUGCUUGGUAUUCGAAUACCUUGACGCAAAUUUACGUGACGUGCUUCAUAAGUUUGGUCGUAGUAUAGGCAUCAAUUUGGCCGCAGUGCGAGCUUACGCUCGACAACUUUUACGUGGCCUAGACUCUUUGCGUCGUGCAGCUGUUAUUCACUCAGACCUCAAGCCUGAUAAUAUUCUAGUUACAGACUCUCAUGCUGUUCUUAAAAUCUGCGAUCUGGGAUCAGCAGUUCUUGCUGACAACCAUCACAAUGCUACAGGCACUGCUGAUUGUUCCGUCGAUUCGUCUCUUGUAGUCGCACCUUACCUUGCAUCUCGGUUCUAUCGCGCUCCAGAACUCAUUCUUGGCCUUCCGCGGUAUGACACGGCCAUUGACAUGUGGGCUGCAGGGUGCACACUUUUUGAAAUGUACACGGGACAAGUUCUUUUCCCAGGUAAAUCCAAUAACGACAUGCUGCGGCUCAUGAUGGCGGUGCGCGGAAAGUUCUCUAACAAGAUGUUGCGCAAAGGUGCCUUUACUGGGAUUUAUUUCCAUAAGAACCGGCUCGAUGACUUCAUCUCUACCUUAGGAAUUGAUCCUAUCACAAACCAACCAAUAACUAAAACAAUUACAAUCACAGGACAUACACAUGGACAAACUAUCAAAGAUAAACUUGCUGGACUCGAAGGCCCACCCGGGUCGCCUUCAGCAAGAAUGCUGGACAAGUUUAUUGAUUUACUCAACCAAAUGCUGGCAUUAAAUCCUGAAAAGCGUCCUACACCAGCCCAAACACUGGCUCAUCCGUUCUUUGCGUAG